AUGUCGAGACCUAAGCUGAAAGGGGAGCUGUGGAGCGUGGCUCUGCGGAUCCUUCUAGUGUCUGUGAACGUGUUCGUAUUCCUGCUGUGCCUGGCGGUGUUCGUGACGGGGGUUUGGGGUCGUGUGGUUGAGAAGAGCUACCUGGAUGUCACGGGCGAGCCUAGUAUCACCAGAACCUCCCUUUCAGUGGCCGUUGUUGGAGCCUGCGCCUCCCUUCUGACUCUAAUGGGCAUCCUGGGUAGCGUCCUCUACCAGUCAAUAUGGGGUCGGAUGGUCCUCUCAGUGUACGCGUUCGUACUACCGUUCGUGAUAGUGGCCGAAGUGGCAGCUGGUGUGGCGGCCAUCCAGUACAGAAACGGCUUGGAGAGUCGGACGACGGUCGAUACCGUAAAAUCCCUCAACAGCACCUACGCUGACGGGGACAAGACCAGCUGGAACCAUUGGGACCAGUUUCAGACAGACAUGGAGUGCUGUGGUGCAAGAAACUACACCGACUACUACGACUUGUUCGGUCGAAACAUCGUGCCUCGCUCGUGCUGCACUAACUCUGCUAGGCACAGUGGACAGUGCGCCAACUAUUCCAACACACUGAAUUUGGCAGACAUACACAGCAAGCCCUGCCUGGACGUUAUUGUGCCCCAUUUAAAAACUGUCAUGCUGGAAAUAGCCAUAGUGGCCAUUGCAAUUGGUGCUGCUCAGAUAGUUGGGAUUGUAGCGUCUGCGAUUGCAAUACUGUGGACUGCUUUCUUGGAGGAGAGAAAGACCCACUCUUACAAGAGGUUGGAUCAGAGGACUAGCGAAUCGUCUGACUACAGUGCUACAUGA